GCUUCACUCCACGUUGAGAGUCCGGAAUACAAACUGACGCCACAACCGGACUUUAUCUUUUUCUUCCGUCAACGGAACCAAGAACAGAAACAACCCGUGAAGUCUGCAUUGUUUUUAUUUUUGUCUGGAGGCUUAUUCCGCGGAGCUCCCUUCUUCCUCCGUCUCCUCCUCCCCGGUGGUGAGCGGGCUGCCCAGGUGAAGUGAGACGUCUGACUGCAUGAAGAGCUGGAGUCCCGGGACCCUGGUCCUCACCUAGACCCCCACGACCCCCCACUGCCUGGACAUGAGGUCGUUCCGAUCAUUUGCGAACGACGACCGCCACGUCAUGGCCAAGCACGCCAGCAUCUACCCGGAGCCGGAGGAGCUGGAGGCCGUCCAGACGCUGGUGUCCACCGUGGAGGGAGCCCUCAAGAAGGUCUCCGAUUGGAUGGACGGCCUCCGCGGAUCCUCGGGGAAGACCUCCGGCGAUAAGGGGGAGGAAGACGCUGCUGAGACGAAGUACGCCCCGCCCGACAGGACGCCGGCGCUGUGCGGCGUGACGCGGGUCGGCCCAUUGGCCAAAGGCCUGCUGAUCAAAGGGGACCUGGACCUGGACCUGGUGCUGAUGUGCAGAGAGAAACCCACCAAGCUGCUGCUGGACACCGUCAGCACCAACCUGCCGCUGCAGAUCCAGACGAUGACGGAGGACAAAUACGAGGUGCAGCCGUGCGUCCUCGAGGCCGCCAUCCGGGUCUGCAGCACCAAGGAGCCCCGACUGAGGCUGAAGAUCACCCUCUCCUCCUUAACCAUGAGGGAGGAGCACAAGAAGAAGGAAGAGGAGGAGGAGAAGGAGGAAGAGGAGGAGGACGUCCUGGACAGGAAGCAGUGCCGGGCGGCGUUGGCGGCGCUCCGACACGCCAAAUGGUUCCAGGCCAGAGUCACAGAUCUCAAGUCCUGCGUGGUGGUCUUGAGGAUCUUCAGGGACGUGUGCAGCCGGGUGUCCGGGUGGCGGCCCCUCACGGGACGGCCUCUGGAGCUGAUCUGUGAGAAGGCCGUGGCCACCUGCAACCGCCCGCUGGGUCCGGGGGAGGCCCUGCGGCGCGUCAUGGAGUGCAUCGCCUCGGGGGUCCUGCUGCCAGGAGGUCCAGGAGUUCACGACCCCUGCGAGAGGGAACCCACCGACGUCCUGUCCGACCUCGGCGCCCAGCAGGCCAGCGACAUCACAAACAGCGCGCAGCAUGCGUUACGCCUCCUGGCCUUUGGACAGCUUUACAAGGUCUUGAAUAUGGAUCCUCUCCCCUCAGCGAGGCUGUUAGAAGGAGGUCACAAGAGGCUUCGGGAGGUCGUCGGGUCGGACGACAGAGACUUCAUCAAAAGGAUGAAAGUCCAGGACUGGAGGAUGACGGACCCGAACCACCCCAUGAACGCCCUGAUGCGGCUCAAUCAGAUCCACCCGGGCCUCCAGUACCGCCUGCUGUCCCAGUCCGGCCCGGUCCACGCUCCGGUCUUCACCAUGUCUGUGGAGAUCCAGGGAACCAGCUACCAGGCCACCGGGAACGCCAAGAGGACCGCCAAGCUCCAGGUGGCCCUCAAGGCGCUGCAGGCUCUGGGCUUCGUGCUUGCAGGCGACGCAGACGUGGACUCGCUGAGCGCUGACGAGAAGUCAGACGGCGAGGGCAAGAACGACCGCUUGUCUACCAGCUCUAGCUCCACCUCCAUCACCUCCUCCACCGACGCACAGGAGUCCAGAGCUCCGGGUCCGAUCUUGACAGCUGGCGGUAAAAACCCGGUGAUGGAGCUGAACGAGAAACGCCGCGGCCUCAAAUACGAGCUGAUAUCGGAGAGCGGCAGCAGCUACGACAAACGCUUCAUCAUCGAGGUGGAGGUGGACAAGCAGCUUUUCCGGGGAACGGGUCCCAACAAGAAAGUAGCCAAAGCCAGCGCGGCGCUCUCGGCCCUGAAGAGCUUGUUCUCCGGCUCCAAACCCACGAGCAGCAAGAAGAAAAGGCCGAACCCUCUGCCGAAGCGGCCGGCGGCCUCGGUGCUGACCCUCCCAGCACUCGCUGCUGCCAGACCUACGCGGGUCCCCGUCAUCCCCAGAGCGCCCUACAUCAGCACCCCGCCCACACACGGGUACCUCCCCCAAGGUUUCGGUGCUCCUUACGGUUACAGCCCUGCAGGAGCCCUCCCUCCCUACGGCGGCCUGUACAUCGACAGCGCCUACUACCAGCCGCAGACCAUCGCCACGCCCAUCAUCAUCCACCUGGGCCCUCAGGACCUCUUCUGACCCCGAGACCAGAGCCGGCAGGUCCUUUAAACCCUCGUUGAACUCUGUCGGUGGCUCUCGUUUACUGCAGCGCCGCUCCUCCACCGCUCCGGGUUCCUCCUUUCCACGCGAGGCAAA